AUUUACAGAUCAAGAUGUCGAAGCGUACAGCAGAAGAAAGUGGCAAUGGCAGUAGUCAACCACCGAUUAAGAAAGUUCACUUUGAACCCCAUCUUAUUGGUCCAGUUUCCACCCUUGAGGAAAUGGACAUUAAAGUCCUACAGUUUCAAAAUAAAAAAUUGGCGCAGAGAAUAGAACAACGUCACAGAUGUGAGGCAGAGUUACGAGCAAGAAUAGAACAACUGGAAAAGAGACAAACACAAGAUGACGCUGUACUGUGUGUAGUCAAUAGAUACUGGAAUUUACUUAAUGAAGACAUCAGAGUGUUGUUACAACGUUUUGAUGCAGAGACAGCUGAUGAAUCAGAAAACAAAAAUGAGAAUGAAGCUACAACUUCAUUUCUAAUGCAGUUGUCGACAUGGGACAAGGAAGAGUUAGACGCUCAGCUCGCUAAUAGAGUGCAAGUGAGCAAGAGAGCCGUGGCUAAGGUGUUACAAGCCUUUGACAGGCUGCAGCAGAGGAAUGACAAGAUAUGGAGAGCUAUCAAAGGAGAAGGAGAAGAGGGAGCUCCAGCCCCAUCUUUGGAUGAGGUGAUUCGAGCCACCAACGAGGAGGUAACAGCGGAAAACCGGAGGUUACAAGGAUUGUGCACGUCUCUACAUGAUGGUCAUCAUGCUAUGACAUUACGUGUCGCGCGGCUGCAAGAUGCUGUAAAUAGUAGGGAUACAGAAAAUGCAGAACUCAAGAAUCAAAUAGACGACUUGCAGUAUGAAUUGAUGAAGGUGCGCUCUCGGAACGAUAAGCUCGAGAAUCACCUCGCGGAGGCGAUCGAGAAGCUCAAGACCUACCACCAGUCAGGGGGCGGAGCCGGGGGUGGGAGCGUGGCCAGCGCGGCGGGGGGCGUGGCCCUGCCCCCCCACGCUAGUGCCAAGCUGGAGGACGUGGCAGCCGAGCUGGAGGAGCAGCGUGAGCUGGCCACCAACCGCCUGGCCGAGCUCGACCGCCUGCACCGCCAGCAUCGUGACACGCUCAAGGAGUUGGAGAAGCUGAAGAUGGACAUUCGCCAGCUGCCAGAGUCAGUGAUAGUGGAAACGACGGAGUACAAGUGUCUUCAGAGCCAGUUCUCGGUUCUGUACAAUGAGUCCAUGCAAAUGAAAACUGCACUUGACGAGACUCGCAUGCAACUACAGAAUGCUAAAAAUCUACACAUGCGACAGAUUGAGAUGAUGGAGAGUGAAGAGCUAGCAAGGCAGAAAGCAUUACGAGCUGAGAUGAUCCAGCUUGAAGACGUACUUGGUCAGUUAAGAAAGGAAUAUGAAAUGUUGCGAAUUGAAUUUGAGCAGAAUUUAGCGGCUAAUGAACAGACUGGUCCCAUCAAUAGAGAAAUGAGACACCUAAUAACGUCGCUACAGAAUCACAAUCAACAGUUGAAAGGAGAGGUGCAUCGGUACAAGAGGAAAUACAAGGAUACUAGUCAAGAGUUAAAUAAGAUUCGUAAAGAGCUCGAGGAGGCGAGUUCCCGCGGUGGAGCCAGCUCGGAGCAACCGGACGAGAAGCCGCUAGUGGUCAAGAAGGAGGAGCCCGAUCCUGAGGGCGAGGAGAGCGCCUUGGCAGAGGCGCGUGGCAAGGAACACGGCCGUGCCAAGUUGCAGGAGCAAGACCAGCUUAUCAAGGACCUCAAGUUGCAGCUUAAGAAGGCGGUGAAUGAGCAGAAAGAGCUGAAGCUGCUGCUGGAUAUGUACAAGGGCGUGAGUAAGGAGCAGCGCGACAAGGUACAGCUCAUGGCGGCCGAGAGGAAGGCUCGCCAGGAGCUCGAGGACCACCGUCAGAAAGCCAAGAUGGCACAGGAGAGCAAGCGCGAGCGGCGGCUGGCGGACGAGGACGCGCUGCGCAAGAUCAAGCAGCUGGAGGAGCAGAAGUACGAGCUGCAGAAGCAGCUGUCGUGCGCGCGCCCCGCCGACCCGCUGCACGCCUUCGCGCGCCCCUUCGCCGGCUCGCAGGAGGAAGAAGCUUUGCUCAACGAGAUGGAAGUGACGGGACAAGCAUUCGAAGACAUGCAGGAACAGAAUUCACGCCUCAUACAGCAGUUGAGAGAGAAGGAUGAUGCCAAUUUCAAGCUGAUGUCGGAGAGGAUCAAGGCUAACUCUUUGCAUAAACUGUUGCGCGAGGAGAAACAACUGCUGCAGGAACAGGUGGUAACAAGAGAUCAACAGAUAGAGUCAAUGGGCCUAGUGGCUCGGAGGUUGGAAGAAAAGGAGCGGUUGUUACAGAACACAUUGUCAGCCGUGGAGAAGGAACUACUCCUCAGACAGCAAGCUAUGGAGAUGCAUAAGAGGAAAGCGAUUGAGUCCGCUCAGUCUGCCGCUGAUCUUAAGCUACAUCUCGAAAAAUACCACGCGCAAAUGAAGGAAGCGCAACAAGUGGUGGCGGAAAAAACAAGUGCACUCGAAGCUGAGGCUUACAAAACUAAACGAUUACACGAAGAGUUGGCGAUUCUGCGUCGCAAGGCAGAACGCAUGAAGAAAAUGGAGCAAGCCGGCAGCAGCAUGGAUGAAGUACUGCUCGAGGAGAUCCGCGAGUAUAAGGAGACGCUCACCUGCCCCUCUUGCAAGGUGAAGCGCAAGGACGCGGUGCUGACGAAGUGCUUCCACGUGUUCUGCUGGGACUGCCUGCGCACGCGCUACGAGACGCGCCAGCGCAAGUGCCCGAAGUGCAACGCCGCCUUCGGCGCCAACGACUACCACCGCCUCUACCUCUCCACCUAGGCUCCCAGACCAUACGAGUACUACUGAACUUCUCCGACGGCCGCGGGCCGUGAUGGUUUUCUAGACCGUCGACGUGGUUUGAAUUUAACGGCCAGAUGAUCCAAACGAUGGUUUUCUUUACGACCAAAGUGGUAUAAAUUUUUUUAACUUUGGUCUCAGAUAUUGUUUCAAAAAUUGUAAAAUAUUUGUUUACUGCC